AUGACCAAAAUAUUGACCAAAACUCAGCUUCUUAUGGUCACAAAAAUAGCCUUUUUGUAUAAUUUAAAAGAAAAAACUAGGUCAAAUAGCCUGUUCGUACAAUUUAAAAGAAGAACUAAGAGUACUUUAAAAGCGAAGUAAGAUUCCAAGAACCUCGCGUCUCUUUCUCGAUGACCGCGUUGUUUGAUAACGACUGACAAAAAUAAGGUUAAUAACAAUAUCCCACAGAUUAUCAAAAUAGUUAACAGUACUUGGCUUAUUGGGUCACAGAAACUUUUUCUUGUUUGUACAAUUUGAUAGAAAAUCCAAGAGCACUCUUAAAGCGAACUGAGCUUCCAAGAAUGCUCGCUUCCCGGCUUCUCUCGAGAACAGCCUUACACGAUUUCACAACUGAUAGAUAUGGUUACCAGGCCAACAGAUUACCAAAAUACUGACUAACAGUCAACAUCUCGGAGUCAGAAAAAUGGCCUAUUUGAAUAAUUUGAAAGAAAAACCAAACGCAUACUUAAAAAAAGUAAAACUAAAUGGAGAACAAAGCACUCUGAGUUUUGACGCCCGAAUUUGAUGAAAAACAAAUAUGUUUUUAGAUCGAAGAGAAUAAAAUACAGGUUUAAGGAUUGAAUGCCUGAACUGAUCAAUGCGUUAAAGUGUCAAUACCACACCAAAUCGGAUAAGGUGAAUUGAGUGCAAGCAAAUUAAAUUUAAGAUUUAUCUAAUUUUUUCACGGCGGUGUAAAUUUUCUUGCAUUCUACUCUUCCGUUGGGUAGCACCUGACCGGUAGUCAGGCGACUGAUCCCUAAUGAAAAUAAAACAUCUGACUGUCAGAGUAUCAGCAGCCGAAUUUUGAUUUCUCGUUGUUAUCAACAACUAAGUACUUACAUCUUCAUAAAUGUCUCCAAAGUGUUUGAACAAAUCAACUCUUUAAAGGCUGUGACACGAAUGACGCACGUGUGAGCAAAAAUCACUUAAUUAUCCAAUUGAUGCCGGAUGCUUUCCGAAAAGUAUUUAUGUCGGCGACAUAAUCUUUUGGCUAAGGGAAACAAACAGCGUAUUAUUACUUUGACGAUGCUUACUAAAUAUUUCUUUCUACUUUUCUAUCCAUCAUGGUCUAGUCAAUCUACACAUAGUUUAUUUUCUUCUUCUUUACAUUUAUUUAGUAAAUAUCAUUUUAUUUCAGACUUUGUUAUCAAGAAUGGCACAGGAAGGGACCCCAGAGAAAAGUUCUGAUGCCUCGGCAACUGAAGUUAGUCAGAUUAUAUUUGGUGCAAAAAACUUGGAGUAUCAGAUCGAACAGUUUGUCAGUUCCGGUGGCCAGACUGUUAAUAUCCUCCUGAGUGGCAAGACAGGGGUUGGCAAGUCACAUCUGACAAAUGCGCUCAUUGGAGAAAACCUUGCAGCAGAAGGAUAUGACAUCGACCCACAAACUAAUGACGUAAGCUACUUUGAUAUUGACAGUUACUUAACCUUUUAGACUAUUAUGAGGUGCUUUCAUCAACGGGUUACUGUGCAUUACUUGUAUAAAGAAAAUGGAUAAUAUUUCGCGUCCUUUCGAGCAGCAUGUCUAAACUCUAUUUGUUCUCAUUUUCUUCGGAAAAUACCCAUCUUUGAUACUUGAAAUCAAGAAAGAAUUAUCGAAUGCCUCUACAGGUGUUAGGUUCAAAGUUACUCGAAAGGUAAGAAACAACUUCUUUCCAAUGUCUCUUAGACAGAAAGGUCUUUCCUAUGAAUAAAACUUUUUCAAGCAUUUAUUUCCCGCAACUGAGGUAACAUACCAAGACAUAUCAUAACGAAAUAACUGUUAGAGUUAAAUGUUGUAUUAAUUUCCAGUUUUAUGUCCUCCAGGUAACUGCUUACGAGGUUGUCAAAAACGGCGUAACUAUCACAGUGUUUGACACUCCAGGACUUGCAGACGCAACCGGCAAUGAUGAAGAAUAUCUGCGGAAAAUCAAGGAGAAAGUAACCCACUUCGACUUGUUUCUAUUCUGCACUGAGAUGACCAGUAAGCGAUUCCGCACCGACGACUUGGAAACGAUAAAGAAGCUUACAGAAGCCUUGGGGGAGAAACUUUGGGAUCAUGCUCUGGUGGUUUUAACCUUUGCUAACGAAGUCUCACUAUCUCCAACCAAGAAGACGGCUGACGCACCUGAAGUAACCGUUUUCAAUGACCGCUACUUAGCUUUCAAGAAAGCAAUAAAGAAACAUUUGGUUGCAAUCGGAGUACCUGAGAUAACAGUGACUAAUGUGCCAUUUACGCCAGCCGGAGAGUUGGAUGAUCCAAGACUUCCAGAUAGAGAAGACUGGUUGACAGCAUUUUGGAUCGCGGCUUUCAAACGUAUCAACAGGAACGCAAAAGCUGCUUUCCUAAUGGCAAAUGUCGAUCGUAUUUUAUUUUCCUCCACCCUUGGUGAGGGAAACGAAAGCAAAGUAAGGAAAGAUGCCAACGUUGUCAAUCUUGGCCAGUCCAGUAAUUUAUCCAUCGAAGAAAGUAAUGCAAUUAAAGAAAUCAGAGCAAAAUUGAAAGAGCUAAACUUUGACGAAGAGUUGAGCCGCUGUUUGGAGAAAACUGGGACGUCAGAUGAACCAGAAGAGGAGUACGCCACAUCACCUGGCCAAGUUGCAAAGGUGUCAGGCCCCUCUAUAAAUGUGGACGAAACGUACUCUGAAGACCUUAUUAAGGAGAUGUUGGGCAACGUAACAGGGAACUUCAUCGGUGAGCUGACCGGUGCUAAGUUUGGUAGAAAGUACCAAACAUUCUUCGGCUGGUUUAUGAAGUAUUUUAAGAAGUUUUUCCCAACUUCUCGACCCACUUUGGCUUUAAAGGAUAGACCAGAAGGUAUUAAGGAAUAAUCAGAUGGGACCAACAGCGUGAAAAAGAGAGAAACUGUGUGCCUUUAAAAUAUCAACCAGUUAGACUAUCGACAUAUAAUCAGUUAACGAAAAUGAACUCUGUAUACUUAAAAGGUUCAUGUCACGUUUCUGAAAUUAAAUCAGUGUGCUGUAGUAAAAAGGUUCAGAUAGAUUGCAUGUUAUAUGUAGGCUCGUUAGAGGUCCAAGC